AACAGUUAGCUCUUCAAGAUAAGGCAGCUGGCUUAUGCUGAUAGGAGAGUACCAGGGGCUAGGUCAGAUAUGGAGAAGCAUUGCCAAAAGUAGUCUCUGAGUAUAUUUUGGCCGGAGCAAGGCAGAAUCUAAAUGAAAACCAAGUCAGAAAUACAUGUCUAAAAAGAGGAAGUAGGGGCAUCUGGCUGGCUCAGUUGGUGGAGCAUGCAACUCUUGAUCUUGGGGUGGUGAGUUUGAGCUCCACUUUGUCCAUUUGCCAAGCCUAUGCCACCAGGUGGGGUGCAAGACAAAGGGCUCUGUUCAGCAAAAGGCUGAAGAGGAAGUAAGGGGCAAGAGUGCAAAGGAUGAGAAGUUCAAGAGCUAGCCUUUGCAAGAAAGCAGUAUCUAUAGGAAAGUCCUUUUUCUGGGCACCACUCUAUAUCGUUGCUUACAAUGUUGGCCUAAAUAGUUGUAAUCUUAAUUAUUUUGGCCCCUUUGCACAUAGCCUUAAAUCAUAAGCAUUUCUCACGUUGUUAUGUUGUCUUCAUGACUACUUGUGUUUUCAAAGGCUGCUUUAUUUUUAAUAAAAUGAAAAUCAAAAAUAAUAUUAAAAAAAAAAGCUUUGGGGGGUCGGGCUGUGUGUGCAUGGAGACUGUCUGGUGUUGAAUCCUGGGCCAGCCCCAGCUCAAAGUCCCAGACCCAGGGGACACCAGAAGAAGCUAAAGGACUUGAGGUUCAGGAGCAGUCCUGCUGGCUGCUGCCUCUGCUGCUCUGCCUGGGCCCCUGCCACCUGAGGACUCGGCCCUGACAGCCUCUAGGCCUAGUGUAGCCAGAGGAGCCCUACACGCUGCUGCCUGCCGGUGCUGCUGUAAUAUGAGCACCUUCUCCACAGUUGUUUAGAAAUUAAAAUGAAGGACAGUUCUUUGUCUAACCGAGAUACCAACAAGCUAGAGGCCAUUGCUCAGGAGAUAUAUGUAGACCUAAUAGAGGAUUCUUGUUUGGGCCUCUGCUUUGAGGUACACCGGGCAGUCAAGUGUGACUACUUCUACCCAGAGUUCGAAGAAACUGGCAGCAUGAAGGAUUUUGGCACUCAGCCAGUAGAAGAUAAAGGAGCGUGCUGCCUCCAGCUUUGCUCCCUUCCUGGAGAAUCUGGGAAUAGGCCCGAUCAGCAGCUGCAACGCUCACCCAGAGAAUUCUAGUAGCUGCUCCAUGAAAGAGUCAGAGGGUGACCAGGACAAUAACAUAGACCGGUCCUGUGGUUUGGAGAAGUUAGGUAUCUAAGUAGAAAAAGAAAAAAAAAAAAAAAAUCGGACAAAAAUCCCAAUUUCCCAUUGAAGAUUCCAGCCUUUAAAAACCCAAAGUGGAGGGGUACCUGGGUGACUUAGUCAGUUAAACAGCAGACU